UUCCGGGGCGGAAGUGGCGCGCGCGUCCCGCCCGCGACCAUUGACGAUGGCGGCGAGGCCGAGGAGGCGAGGAGCCGAGGGGACAGCGUAGAAACCGCCGCCCCGCAGCGAGGCAGAGGAGCUCGGCUCCCGCCCUUCAGAGGGGUGUCUUUUUUUUCCCCAUUUUAUUGAAGCAGUAAAAAAAAUUGGUCAAAAUGGGGCGGAGAUCAACAUCCUCCACCAAGAGUGGGAAGUUCAUGAACCCUACAGACCAGGCCCGAAAGGAGGCCCGGAAGAGGGAGCUGAAGAAGAACAAGAAGCAGCGGAUGAUGGUACGAGCAGCUGUACUUAAGAUGAAAGAUCCCAAACAGAUCAUUCGGGACAUGGAAAAAUUGGAUGAGAUGGAGUUUAACCCAGUACAGCAGCCACAACUUAAUGAGAAGGUGCUGAAGGACAAGCGUAAGAAGCUGCGUGAGACCUUUGAGCGAAUUCUGCGGCUGUACGAGAAGGAGAAUCCUGACAUCUACAAAGAACUGCGCAAGCUGGAAGUGGAGUAUGAGCAGAAGAGAUCGCAGCUCAGCCAAUACUUCGAUGCUGUCAAGAAUGCACAACAUGUUGAAGUGGAGAGUAUACCUCUGCCAGACAUGCCUCAUGCUCCCUCCAACAUCCUUAUACAGGACAUCCCCCUACCGGGGGCUCAACCACCUUCUAUCCUCAAGAAAACAUCAGCCUAUGGCCCUCCAGUCCGGCCCAUUUCUGUACUUCCACCUCCCGGACUUGGUGUUCCACGGUUACCCCCAGGUCGGAAGCCCCCUGGACCUCCUCCAGGGCCUCCCCCACCUCAAGUCCUACAGAUGUAUGGCCGUAAAGUAGGCUUCACUUUAGAGAUGGCACCUUGGAGGCGAGAGGAAGAGAUUUCUUACAGUCCUGACAUAGGUCAGCGAGGGCACGAUGAUGAUGCCUCCAGUACCAGUGAAGAUGAAGGGUAUCCUGAGGACAUGGAUCAAGACAGGCAUGAUGACAGUAGUGAUGACAGUGAUAGUGACAGAUCAGAUGCAGACAGCGAAGGCGAUGAAUUCCUGCAUCGUGACAAUGACAAUGAAAGGGAGGGUGAAGACAAGAAAUCAGGGCUUAGUGUGCGGUUUGCUGACAUGCCUGGGAAGUCACGGAAAAAGAAAAAGAACAUGAAGGAACUGACUCCACUUCAGGCCAUGAUGUUGCGAAUGGCAGGUCAGGAAAUCCCCGAGGAGGGGCGAGAAGUGGAGGAAUAUUCAGAAGAGGAGGAAGAGGAGGAUGAAGAUGAUUCUGAGUCUGAAGAGACACCACAGCAGCAACACAAGGAGGAGUCGCGUACAGAGACUGGGUCAUCUACUACCCCCUCUCAGCCACAGCAACAGCAGCAACCACCACCACAGCCUGUUCCUCCAACUCAGAUACAGGCACCGCCCAUGCCUGGGCCUCCCCCUCUGGGACCACCUCCUGCCCCUCCCCUGAGGCCUCCAGGACCACCUACUGGUCUUCCUCCUGGCCCUCCACCAGGGGCUCCUCCAUUCCUGAGACCUCCAGGAUUGCCAGGUCUGCGUGGGCCUUUACCACGACUCUUACCACCAGGGCCUCCACCUGGCCGGCCCCCUGGCCCUCCACCAGGCCCACCUCCAGGACUGCCACCCGGCCCUCCCCCACGUGGACCUCCACCUCGUUUGCCACCUCCAGCACCACCAGGUAUCCCUCCUCCUCGUCCGGGCAUGUUGCGUCCACCUCUGGGGCCUCCACCAGGCCUUUUCCCACCGGCUCCCAUUCCAAACCCAGGGGUGCUGAGUGCCCCACCCAGUCUGAUCCAGCGCCCCAAAGCGGAUGACACCAGUGGAGCUACCAUUGAGAAGAAAGCCACAGCCACAAUCAGUGCCAAGCCGCAAAUUACCAACCCCAAAGCAGAGAUCACCCGCUUUGUACCCACUGCCCUGCGAGUGCGACGUGAGAAUAAGGGGGCUUCUGCUGUCUCCCAGAGAAAACAUGAUGAUGAGCCAGCUCUCCAAUUAACCAAAGCAACCCCUAAGGUUGGCUCCUCUGCCCCUGUCUCUGUGCAGACUAAGGAUGAUGUGUAUGAAGCCUUCAUGAAGGAAAUGGAGGGGCUACUGUGACGUACCCUCAUCCCGGUCAACCCUCCUACCUGCUCAGAUCAAAUCAGACUACUGUUUGGGGG